GUUUAUUACCAUGUGGGUGUUGGUCCCAGGUCCUCUGUAAGAGCAAUAAGUGCUCUUAGUUACUGAGCCAUCUCUCUAGCCCCUUCUCUAAUCUUCUAUUGAUUCUUGUCUUCCAGAAGUUCCUACCAACUGUGACCUGUCAGGGGAAACCUGCUCAGUAUUCAAUACUAUUGUAGGUUUAUCCUUUUCUUUUUUCUGUCUUCUAAAAGUUUACAUUCAAUUGCAGGAGAAGAAGAUACAUGUGCUAGUCCACUCUUGAAGUAGUCUAUCCUUGAAUCAACCUCAGUACCUUAUCCUAUUUUCAUUUUUUCUUUCAUAAAAUUCCCCGUCUCCCAAUCCUUCAAGUAUUGGUUUUCCCCCAAGUUUUAAUUGGUUCACGUUUUUGACAUCCUUGUUUCCUGUAUACACAGUUACAUUUGCUUUGGAAGACCACACGGAAUUUGAUUCUGUGACUAUCAGAUACCUCAGCCCAUGCUAGGCAUCUGUCUAGACAGAGCACCGGGACCACAUAUUCAGCAUGCAGGGCCUGGGAAUGUAGCUCUGUGAGCAGCGCUGCUUAGCAUGCUUGGAGCUCCUGGCUCAAUCCACAGCGCCACAUUAGCUGGACAUGGUGGUACAGGUCUGUAUUCUAAAUGUCCUGAAACAGGUUAGAGACCCACCUGGAAUAUGUAAGACCUUGUCUCAAAACCAAACAAACUGUAAUAGUCACCACCCACCCAUUCCAUACACUCAUCAGUUCCUUCACGACCUUCUGUGGUCCCGCCUGAUGUUUCCUCUGCUUCCUGUUCUAAUAUUCUUCUCUUUCUUUCUUUUUCGUUGUUUGUCUUGAGACAGGACUUCCUUGAAUGGUCCUAGUGAUCUGGAACUCACUGAGUAGCCAAGGCUGGCCUUGAACCUGCAGCAGUCCUCCUGUAUCUGCCUCCUGAGUCCCGGGAUUAGAGGCAUGCACCACUACAGCCGGCUCUCUCCACUUCCCCUCUCCCGGCUCUCACAUACUUACUUAUCCAGAGAACCCAAAAGCUGUGCCCGUCCUCUUCAGCCUACAGGCGGUCAUAACCAGUUCUCUUAAACUGCAUCAUGUGGGAACCAGUGGUCCUUCUUAGCCCACUAAUCUCUGCAGCGUAAUCUCCAACAGUGGUUACCUUCUCCAGUCUUGAGGAGUACUACCUCCAGUAGCCGGAAUGGUGACACACACCUCCAGUCUUCAGGGAAUCUGAGGGAUCCGUGUCGUUCAAGGAUGUGACUGUGGACUUCACCCAGGAGGAGUGGCAGCAGCUAGACCCCGCUCAGAAGGCCCUCUACAGGGACGUGAUGUUAGAAAACUACUGCCACUUCAUCUCUGUGGGAUUUCACAUAACAAAGCCUGAUAUGAUCCGCAAAUUGGAACAAGGAGAAGAGCUAUGGACAGAGAGAAUUUUUCCAAGUCAAAGUUAUCUGGAAGAUGAAGAUGUUUUGGUGAAGUUAAAAGACUGUCAAGACAAGCAUUCUAAAUCCAUUGUAAUCAUCAACCACAAGAAAUUAAUUAAGGAGAGAAGCAGCAUUUAUGGGAAAACACUGGGCAAGAACCAUAUUAUUUCCAAAACACUAUGUGAAUAUAAAUCUGGUGGGAAGGUUUUGAAAAAUAUUUCAGAAUUCAUUAAUAGAGAUAUAAACCCCAGAAGAGAGAAAUUCGGUGAUAAUGGAUGGGAGAAAUCAGUCCUGGAUUCCAAGCAUGAGAAAACUCAUGCGGAAGCCACCUUCCAUAAGCAAGUACAAAGGGGUCUCGGUCCUAAACAGCUGGCUCACCACCCAGGGACCCAGAUUCCAGAACAGCCUUUUGAAUGCAACGAAUAUGACAGCUCCUUCCUUAUGAGAGGAAUGGUGUUUCCAAAUAAUAGAGCUCCCCUAGCAGAUGGAAGCUUCAACUUCAACAAAGACGAGAUGGCUUUUUUAGAAAAGUCAGACGUUGGUAUUCAUCCGCAUAGUCUUAUGGAAAAGAGAUCCUCCACGUACAACAAAUACGGGAAAUUCCUCUGCAGAAAGCCAGUUUUUGUCAUGCACCCCCGACCUCAGAUGGAGGAGAAGCCCUUCCAGUGCCCUUACUGUGGGAACAGCUUUCGCAGGAAGUCCUACCUCAUUGAGCACCAACGGAUCCACACGGGCGAGAAGCCCUAUAUCUGCAGCCAGUGUGGAAAAGCCUUCCGUCAGAAGACCGCCCUGACGCUUCACGAAAAAACACACACGGAGGGGAAGCCCUACCUUUGUAUGGACUGUGGGAAGUCCUUCCGCCAGAAGGCGACCCUCACCAGACACCACAAGACACACACGGGGGAGAAGGCAUACGAGUGCACUCAGUGUGGAAACGCCUUCAGGAAAAAGUCGUACCUCGUCGACCACCAGAGAACUCACACGGGGGAGAAGCCCUAUCAGUGCACUGUGUGUGAGAAGGCGUUCAUCCAGAAAACAACCCUGACUGUCCACCAGAGGACUCACACCGGGGAGAAGCCCUACAUCUGCACCGACUGUGGCAAGUCCUUCUGUCAGAAGACAACUCUCACCCUCCACCAGAGAAUUCACACCGGGGAGAAGCCCUACAUCUGCAAUGACUGUGGCAAGUCCUUCCGCCAGAAGGCAAUCCUCACCGUCCACUACAGAAUCCACACGGGAGAAAAGUCCAAUGGCUGUCCCCAGUGUGGGAAAGCCUUCAGCAGGAAAUCUAACCUCAUCCGCCACCAGAAAACUCACACAAGAGAAAAGCCCUAUGAGUGUAAAGAAUGCGGAAAAUUCUUCAGUUGUAAGUCAAACCUCAUUGCCCACCAGAAAACUCACAAGGCAGAAAACGUGAGAAGUCAGUGAAUGGUGUGAUUUUUUUUAUUUGUUUUUUUUUAGCUUUUUGAGACAGGGUCUCACUAUGUAGCCUUGGCUGCCCUAGAGCUUGUUAUAUAGACCAGGCUGGCCUCGAACUCACAGAGAUCCGCCUGCCUCUGCCACCCCAGUGCUGGGGUUAAAGGCGUGCACCACCACCUUUAUUUUCUUUAUUUUAGUACUGAGCAUUUUUAAGUUCUAUUCCUUAUAUUUACUGCUUUGCUAACCUGUCAUACACACAAAUACUAUUGGAUAAAUUAAGUGACAAAAAAAUGAAGGCUUCAUUUUUGUAUUACUGGACUCAGCAGACUACAGUGACCUCUGAUGAACUACUAUACACAUGUCAUUUGCUUAUUUUCAGUCUCAUGAGGUAUAUUACUUGUGAAUCAGUAACAGACCAAUGGCCAAAUGCAGCUUGUCUGUAUGAAAUGAAAAUCGUUACCUCCUCAGCAUUAACUACAGUUCCGACUUAACGCUUUGUAAAUUGGGAUCCACACAUUAUAAACCUUACAUAAAAUCGAUUGCUUACCAAAUGUUCUCUCCUUCACGCACAGCUCGCUGCCUCGGUCCGGUCACGAGUGCAUGUGGCAGAAGUUCAUUAUUUAUCCUGUGUAGAAUCCCAUUGUAUAAGUAUAUCACUUUUACCCCUUCUGCUGCCAGUGGACUUUUGCAGAGUUGGCUGCUUGAGGUCAUAAUAAAAAUAUACAUGUACGCA